UCUUCCGCUUCUUCUGCACAUCCUAGAGAAACAUGUCUGCCUGUCCUCCUCCUCCUCCUCCUCUCCCCCCGCGGUGGUGGUGACUGACGCUGUGGUUGUGUCGGCAGUUGUGAUAGCAAUGUCAGUCAGAGACUGCUGUAUCUGCAAGAUGGCGGCCCGGGUGUGUCGUCACUUCCUCCUGUCACGACUUUCGCUCGCAGUCGUCGUCAUGGUGGUCACCCACCGUCAGGUCACUGAAGGGGCUGCGCUCACAGAAGGCGUCAUUACUGACGCCCACCAGGUGGCGUGUCAGCGCUCGGCUGACGGUCUCGUGCUGCUGACGCUGCAGGACGCCAGGAACACCUCGCGCACCGUCGUGGCCAACAGACUGCGCAAGAGCUGUGUGGGAACACUCACCUUCUACGCCUGCCUCAUCAACGAGGUCGUCAUUGAGGUGAAGGCCGUCAUCACGGACUUGCAGGAGGGAGAACUCCGCACCUUCACGUGUCUGGCAUCCAUGGAGGGCGAGACUGGUACUGAGACCAAAGUCCUCGGCCAGGUCAACGUCACGAAAACAGGUCCAGCCGCAAACACCACGUCAGCAGCUACUGAGUCUCUGGACAGACUUUUUGAGAAAUUUAUGAAAUCUUCGGAACAGUGUUCUGGGGGACCAACUGCGGGGUUCGCCAUCCUCAUCGUCGUGAUUGUUAUCUUCGGUAUCAUUAGUAUCAUCCUCAUAGUUCUUUAUCUUAGAGAAUUGAUAUGGACAGUCCGGAGCAUCACCGCCUCAGUAACGGCCCCCAGUCUGGAGACUAACGGUGCCAAAGUUCAAAAGGUUGAAUCGACCCUCAAGUACCCGUUGCUGCGCCUCCCUCACUGCGUGACUCCCUCCACCCCCACAACAGGGGCCACGUGAUGCAGGUGUACAACCUCCAGUGAUGUGUGGCCUGGUGUGACCUCAGGUCUGGGGCAGGACGAUGUACAGACGAUGUACAGACGAUGUACAGACAUCCAAAUACAAGUCGUUUGGACAACAAACGUGACAGUCACACACCUUGACUACAGACUGGCGGUCAGCGCGUGCCAUUGUUUACACAACAACAACGGUGAUACAGGUGUGUCACGGACAUGUGUCUUGCUUGUUGUUGUCUCACUUGCUCCUCUGUAGACUACGUGUGGGUCCUCACGCGUGUCUCAACGGCUACAAUACGCUCACCGUUACACAAACCUUUAGUUCAUUCUCAAUGGAUUUUUAAAGUAAACGGAAAUAAAAGAAUAUUUUUAACAAUAUCCAUUAAUGUCUUCUCAUUUAAAACAAAAUUUAAAAAAAACAUUCUUACAUAACAAUUUUUAAAUUUAUAUUUAGGUUUGUAUGCAAUUUGAGUGUUUUUUGCAAAAUGUAGUGGAUGCAGGUUGCUGGUAUUAGUUACUAGUAUUUCUGCCGAACAUAAACACUUGUUACUGUUAUUAAAGG